GAGUAUUAUUGUAAAUGGAUAAAGGCAAGUUCAGUUGCAGAGCUUGCAUUCUUGUCUAAGAUUGCUUGUUUUCUCUCUUCUUUCAGCUGGUGGUGGUGUUCUUCUUCUUCUUCUUCUUCUUCUUCUUCUUCUUGUAUUUAUCAGAUCACAAUUCACAAUACAGCGGAUAAUUAGUCCCGUUGAAACGAUGCCGUUUGUCUGGGGUACAGUGUAGAACAUUCAGCUAAAAGAACGUGGAAACUUGCAAAAGAAAAUCAGAGUCAAAUCAGAGCGUCGUCCGUAUUAGAUUACACCCCUGACCUCCACGUCUGGAAUAUCCGUAGUGGUAGACAAUAGGCCACGUCGAUUCCCGCCUUACAGCUUUCUUUCCAGUGCCCAGAAAUACCCAAAAUAUCUCUCGCUGUGACCGCAGAAGCCGGGGGCACUUUAGUAAUUAAAGAAGGAAAGUGGGUGCAAGUCGGUUCCUCUCCGCUGCUGCCUGUUCAAAGUAUUUCCAGUUUCAUCGUAUCGUUGUCGUUUGUUAUUGUUUCGUGCUGUCUGUCGUUAGUGGGAAGAAAAUGGCACCGCAAACGAGAGGAAUGGGAUUUCCGAAAGUGGUGAUUGAGAGGGACACGGACUCUGAGCAAAGCUCAUCAUCCUCGAAUGAUGAAGAUGAUAAUGAAAAUGAAGGUCAAUCGGAAUCAGAUGAACAAGUAACAGCAACAAAAAAUGAAGAGGAUUUGGAUUCCAACAAGAAAUGGAAAGCACCCAUUACGAUUAGUCUCAAGAAAGUCUGCAAAGUUUGCAAGAAACCUGGUCAUGAAGCUGGUUUUAAGGGAGCUACUUACAUUGAUUGCCCUAUGAAACCUUGCUUUCUCUGCAAAAUGCCCGGCCACACUACAAUUUCAUGCCCGCAUAGAGUGGCUAUUGAAUAUGGGAUCAUCUCUGCACCGCAAAGAAAUACUCACAAUACAUUGCAAUAUGUUUUCCAGCGCCAGCUUAGGCCUAGCAUCCCUCAAAUAAAGCCAACAUAUGUCAUACCGGACCAAGUGUGCUGUGCAGUUAUCAGGUACCACAGCAGGCGGGUGACAUGUUUGGAAUUCCACCCAACAAAAAAUAACAUUCUUUUAUCCGGGGAUAAGAAAGGACAAGUUGGAGUCUGGGAUUUUGACAAAGUGCAUGAGAAAAUGAUUUAUGGAAAUAUACACACAUGUAUUGUCAAUAACAUGAGAUUUAACCCUUCAAAUGAUGGUAUGAUGUAUGCUGCAUCCUCAGAUGGAACAAUCAGUUGUACUGACAUGGAGACUGGAAUCUCAUCAUCUCUGAUGAACCUUAACCCUGACGGGUGGCAGGGACCAAGAAACUGGAGAAUGCUUUAUGGUAUGGAUAUCAACACAGAGAAAGGUGUUGUGGUUGUUGCUGACAACUUUGGCUUUCUCUAUAUGCUGGAUAUGCGCUUGAACAAUAAAAUUGGGAAGGAAAUCUUAAUCCACAAGAAAGGCAGCAAAGUAGUUGGCCUUCAUUGCAAUCCAGUUCAUCCAGAGCUUUUGUUGAGCUGUGGAAAUGAUCAUUUUGCUCGUAUAUGGGACUUGCGUCAACUUGAAGCUGGAUCUUCUCUUUGUGACCUUGAGCACAAACGAGUUGUUAAUUGUGCAUAUUUCUCUCCACUGUCUGGCAGCAAAAUUCUUACCACUUCACAGGAUAACCGACUUCGUGUAUGGGAUUCUAUCUUUGGGAAUUUGGAUUCCCCAAGUCGAGAGAUUGUACACAGUCAUGAUUUCAACAGACAUCUUACUCCUUUUCGAGCUGAAUGGGAUCCUAAGGACCCCUCAGAGUCCCUUGCAGUUAUUGGUCGUUAUAUAAGUGAAAAUUACAAUGGUACUGCUUUGCAUCCUAUUGAUUUCGUAGAUGUCAGCACUGGGCAACUAGUCGCUGAAGUUAUGGAUCCAAAUAUCACAACUAUUAGUCCUGUGAACAAGCUACACCCUCGGGAUGAUAUUUUGGCGUCUGGCAGUUCAAGGUCUCUCUUUAUCUGGAAGCCGAAGGAGAAGUCUGAAGCUGUAGAAGAGAAGGAUGAGAAGAAGAUUGUUAUUUGUCGAGGCGAUGAGAAGAAGUCCAAAAGGAAGUUUGGGGGCGAAAGUGAUGAUGAUUCUGAUAAUGAUGAUUUAUUUAAAUCCAAAGGCAAGAAUUUUAAGUUAAAGAAGUCAGACUCAAAAUCAAAAUCCGCUCCUUAUCAUCGCAAGGUUAAACACUAGGCUAAGAAAUCUCGGGGUAUCUAUAUCGCUCAUUGGCUCUGGAAGAAACUGUGUCUUCAAUUUUGAUAGUAGUUAUUCUCCAACUAACCUUGUACAGCAAUCUUUUUGCGGACAUGCGCAUUAGUUUAGGUUAGAUAGAGGUAGUCGCUGUGGUUAGUCUCUCUGGAAUCAGUCAUCAGAAAAGCUGUGUAAGAGUGAACUAGUUUCUGUUAAUUGUUGUAUCUUCCUAGUUACCCAUUUACCACAA